CCUGUGUUUGGUCUCCAGAUGCAGUCCAUCUGUGAAGUCUUGGGCCGACCGGCGGAUCAUCUUCUGGAUGCCGGUCUGAAGACGAGGCAGUUCUUCAUCAAGACUUAUGACAAUCAGUGGACCCUCAAGACACAUGACCAGUAUUGGAAAAACAAGAUUUCCUUUGGAAACAAGAAAUUCUCCUACAGCUCUCUGGAUGAUCUGAAAACAUUGAGCGAGGAGAUGGCAGGUGAAGCUGAAGGAUGGAGGCAGUGCGUCGACUUGCUGAAAGCGAUGCUACAGGUAGACGCCAGCAAGAGGAUCUCUCCCAGGGAGGUCCUGAGGCAUCCCUUCAUCACGCAGAGCUACCUGAACGAAGCUCUGCAGACAGCAACCGAUGAGCUCAGCAGCAGCAGCAGCUACCAGGAUCUGACCGACUUCAGAAGGACAGAGACCGUGAGCGAGACUGACGACAGGACCCAGACUGACCAGGCUCAGGACUCUCGCGGUGACGGAGACGUCACAUCAGAGUGCCUCAGUGACACGCUGAGUUGUGAAACUCUAAUGCUGGAUCCCGACCAGGUUCAGUUCACCAACUCCAACGAGGAGAUCAAGACACUCAUCGCGGAGGAGCCGGAGGACAGCACAGCAGACAAGAGCAACUCUCGCAAGAAUAAAAAGAAGAAGAAGAAGAAGAACACAACCAGACGCUUCUUCUCGUGGAUGAAUUGGACUUUUAGCUGUUGUGUGUCAGUGGAAGUUGAGGUUCUCAACAAAGAUGGCAGCCUUAAAAAACCUACAUAACCAAUGAAGUUUGGCUGCACCGGUGGCUAUAGGGUUCAGUACGCUAAAGACAACAGAAAAUUGAUUACAUAUGAACUGUGAUUGACCGGUAAGUCCAGUCCCGGACAAUGGGAGGAAAAUGGAGUUAGAAACCAGACGUACUGAGUGUUCUCUGUUUGUCUAAAAGAAAACAUCAUGCCGGGAGCAGUCCUGCACAUUGAGGCUUAUUGACUUCAGCUUGACCAACUCCUCUCAAACCCAGUCGGUCGAGGCAGACAGCCGCCCGCCCUGGGCCCGGUUCAGUUGGAGGGUUCUUCCUUUUAAAGGGAGUUUUCCCUCCCCGCUGUCACCAGUUAAUGCUUA